AUGGAACAAGUAUCAUGUAUAAUACAAAUAACUCAUAAUGGAACAUCUGUUUAUGUACUAAGAUUAUUUGUCAUUGCUUUGGUGCUGCUUGGUUUCGAAAGACUGGGAGAUCGAAUUGUUCGACCUCGAACAACAUCACUGGGCUGCAGAGAAUCAAGAUCAAUUCAUUAUCCGGAGAAUAAACUAUGCUUCAAGAGUUAA